AUAAGUCACAUUUUAAUUUAUUAUUAUUAUUAUUAUCAUUGUCACAUUUUGAUCCUACACUGAAAGAAAAUGAACUCAACACCAAGUUUCCAGGAGCUGGACAACAACAAUGCAUUGCCAGUGUCGGCGGGAUCAAUCUUCGACAUCCCGCCACUCCCGAGGCGCUCUUGUCCACCUCUCAGGAGAAUAAAUUUCGAGAUGUGCACGGAGGGCCUCGGGAGUGAAAACGGGGCCCGCAUUUGUGAGAGCGUCGACGAGCUUUUCUCUCUCUUACUGGAGAACGACAAGUCCCCGCCGUUCUCCGGCGCCGGAGGCCGCCGGAGGUCAAAGAAAGCUGACCACCGGACUCCGAUAAGCUUCCCGCCUCCCCUCUCUUCAAUGAGCGGCUGCAAUGGUGUCCAGGUGAGGCCCCGCCGUGACGGCGGCCGUUUGGUCAUGGAGGCUGUUACGGUGUGCAGGUCCUCCUUCGUGACGGAGAGGUCCGGCGGGAGGCUCCGGCUGUGGCUCAAAAACGCCGGCGAUUAUAGAAGUAAUGAUGUUAUAGACGAGGAAAAGGAAGAAGAGAAGGGCGGCGCAUGCCUUGAAGCCGCCGGUGACGCCGUUAUUUCAUCAUCGGCGGCGAAGAGCAGGUGCAUGGAAAGUGAUCCUCACAACAACGGGAAUCACAUCAGCUGGACUGGGUCCCAGCCGUCCUGUUACGUGGCCAUUUCUUGAUGAUGUCAUUUGUGGUUUAGGGCCCCACAAUCCAAUGACAUGGAAUGUGUUGAAAAUAAUUGGAAUAUUCUUUCUGAAAUUGUUCUGUUUGAAAAAAAAAGGAAAGUUCUACGGUACGGUGUUAGGUGUACCAUAUGUUACUAUGCGGGUACGGUUGAAAGAUUCUAAUAAUUUAAUCCAAUAGAUUAUUAAUGUAGUGUUAUUAUUAAUGAUUAAUCUUUAUUUAAUUUGUAAUCUAGCCUCUUAAUAGGUUUUUUAAAAGACUUGCUCUUUUGUUUCUUACUAUUUUGGACUAAUAUGAUAAAUUAUUAAAGAGAUUUGUCUUUC